AUGGAGGAAGGGACCCCUGAAAGAAUGGUGCUUCAACUCUUAUUGAAAAAACCCAACUUCCUCUUACUUUCUAGGGGGCAGAUGAUUUCUGCUGAAGAUUGUGAAUUCAUUCAAAGGUUUGAAAUGAAAAGAAGUCCUGAAGAGAAGCAAGAGAUGCUCCAAACUGAAGGCAGUCAGUGUGCUAAAACGUUUAUAAAUUUGAUGACUCAUAUCUCCAAAGAACAGACAGUUCAGUAUAUACUAACUAUGGUGGAUGAUACGCUGCAGGAAAAUCACCAGCGGGUUAGCAUUUUCUUUGACUAUGCUAAACGCAGCAAGAACACUGCCUGGUCCUACUUUCUACCAAUGUUGAAUCGCCAGGAUCUCUUUACUGUUCAUAUGGCAGCAAGAAUUAUUGCGAAGUUAGCAGCUUGGGGGAAAGAACUAAUGGAAGGCAGUGACUUAAAUUACUAUUUCAAUUGGAUAAAAACUCAGCUGAGUUCACAGAAACUGCGUGGUAGCGGUGUCGCUGUUGAAACAGGAACAGUCUCUUCAAGUGAUAGUUCUCAGUAUGUGCAGUGUGUUGCUGGGUGUCUGCAGCUGAUGCUUCGGGUCAAUGAGUACCGCUUUGCCUGGGUAGAAGCAGAUGGGGUAAACUGCAUCAUGGGAGUUUUGAGUAACAAGUGUGGCUUUCAACUCCAGUAUCAAAUGAUUUUUUCAAUAUGGCUCCUGGCAUUCAGUCCUCAAAUGUGUGAACACCUGCGACGCUAUAAUAUCAUUCCUGUCCUGUCCGAUAUCCUUCAAGAAUCUGUCAAAGAGAAAGUGACAAGAAUCAUUCUUGCAGCAUUCCGUAACUUUUUAGAAAAAUCGACUGAAAGAGAAACUCGCCAGGAAUAUGCUCUGGCUAUGAUUCAAUGCAAAGUUCUGAAACAGUUGGAGAACUUGGAACAGCAGAAGUACGAUGAUGAAGAUAUCAGUGAAGAUAUAAAAUUUCUUUUGGAAAAACUUGGUGAGAGUGUCCAAGAUCUUAGCUCAUUUGAUGAAUACAGUUCAGAACUUAAAUCUGGAAGAUUGGAGUGGAGUCCUGUGCACAAAUCUGAGAAAUUUUGGAGAGAAAAUGCUGUGAGGUUAAAUGAGAAGAAUUAUGAGCUCUUAAAAAUUUUGACAAAACUUCUGGAGGUGUCGGAUGAUCCACAAGUCUUAGCUGUUGCUGCUCAUGAUGUUGGAGAAUAUGUGCGGCAUUAUCCACGAGGCAAACGGGUCAUUGAACAGCUUGGUGGGAAGCAGCUGGUCAUGAACCACAUGCACCACGAGGACCAGCAGGUUCGCUACAAUGCUCUUCUGGCUGUGCAGAAACUCAUGGUGCACAACUGGGAAUAUCUUGGUAAACAGCUCCAAUCUGAGCAGCCCCAGACCGCUGCUGCCCGAAGCUGAACGUGCCCUCCAGCCUCAGAAUCUCCACUCUUCACGUUUUACCUGGGACGGAGUACCUGGAGUAUGAAUCUCAGUAGUUAGGGUCAGGAGCAAAUAAUUGUCCAUUUUACUUAAAGUUUUCUUCUGUUGUGUCGCUUUUCCCUACGCUGAUUUUCGUUGAACGUGUUUGCCCACUAAGCUGUAUAAAAGUAGGUGUUUUCUGUUGCUAAGGAAAUGAUUAACUGUUACAUACACCGCUUGUAAUUUCUGUAUUUAUUGUUCUCUGGAAAUGAGUAUAGUUAUUAAAGGAUUCUCACUUCAAAAAGG